GCGGUCGUUGGUCAUACGCGGAUUGCCGAAAAUAGCGUAAUAGAGUAAAGUGGAGUGGGCUCUCGCACUGUUGCAUUUUAUGUAGCGCGAGAUUCAUCCGUUAAAUACUCGACGGCCUAGCAGCAGUAAUUGCAGAGAUCUCCCAUCCACCUUUACGAAGAGCAUUGACCAGGUAGAAAGAGAACUAAACUUCAAAUAUUUUUUUUUGGAAGUCACCGCGUUAGAAACCGUUCAGCCUCGGUUCGAAGCGGACUUUACCAACUCCAGUUGGCAUUCGUAUAGUGAAGCUUUUUGUGUACAGAUAGCUCAGGAAUUAGGUGACUUGACUAACAUUGGUGAUUCGACUGAGUUCUAAGAUGUCUAUACGGGUCGAUGAGAACAAUCAUCCCUACAUAGAGUUGGGAAAUGGUUUCACCAUAAGAUUCAAUCGAGCAGCUUAUGAGGAAGACAAACGAUUAAGAGAGAAGGCUACAGUGUCAAAGGAAACGGAGGCGGCCUUGGCAGAGUUUCGACGGCUUGCGGAAUCGAAACCGCGCUUUAACCUUGUGGUCGACCAGACCAACUGGACGGUGAUGGUACAUCUACUUUGUUACGAAAAUGAUGCACGUAAAGCUUUUGGCAUGCUCGAGUACGGUUACUCUUUGCUGAGCAGGGAACCCGUCUAUGUGAUGCCUUAUUCUAGGAUUCGACAUGUAUAUGAGGAGGGUUUUAUCCGUUACUUGCCCGAGUGUGACGACGAGAAAGUUGUAAUUAUUAUAAUCGAAAUGGGUGGUCGAUGGGAUCCGUCCAGAAUACCCAUAACCGAGUUCGUAUCCGCCAUCCGGAUAAGCGGCAUCCUCACGAUGGUUCUACCGAACGCCCAGAAGCAUGGUUACCGGAUUAUUUAUGACGUCGAAGGAUUGUCAAUGCGCCAAAUAGCGCAUAUUUCACCUAAAGUUUCCAGCGUUCUGUUCGAUAUGAUGGAAAACUGUACCCCUAUUGUAACAAAAGGAAUGCAUACCGUCAACAAUGGUGUCAUGUACAAUGUUCUGUUUGCGAUCUUCAAACAAUUUAUGAGCAAAGAAAUGCGAGACAAGUGUUAUAUACAUGGCAAAGACUGGCAAUCACUGACUAAAUUUAUUAAUCCGCGCUGUUUGCCACCCAAAUACGGAGGAACGUCAACUGCCCCAGAUUGUGAUGGAAAGUUAAUGGCGAAAUACUUGGAAAAUUACCAGGGUUACGUUGAAGAGUACAACUCCUUUGGUUACACGGGCCCGCCAGUUCCCAAGUGAUAUAAGACUGACUAGAGAGCUGAACAAAGAAAUACGUUAAAUUACUAUUAUGGCUACAGUUAAUUAUAGUUACGGGUACAUAUGCACAUACGUUUCAUUUUAAAAUUAGUUUAUGAGCUUUGAUGGUGUCGAUGGUUUACAGAAAAAACUGC